UCAUGUAUUUGAAGUGAAAGUAUUGAUACCCACGCAUACUGUUUGCAAUCAAUGAUCAUAUGUUGAUAUAUGUAUAUUGCAGGGGAAGGCCAUACAGACGUCAUUAAAAUUGUUGCAUUUUUUGGCCACUUGCCGUCAAUAUACCCGUGCAUUGAACGGUAUGGCGCGCAUCACCCAAAGCUUAACUAUCAUCUUAGCUUAUGCUCUGUAGUUAUGCGGACCCGAGUUAAGCAAUAGCACUGAUAUAUAGAGUGAUUGAUGGUAUUAAUGGCCGACGAGACCGACCGCAGCGGACUUUUCAACGAAAUCCGACAGUUUUCGCAAAGAAAACUCAAAAAAGUUGAAACAAAAGUGACCACCGGUUCAGGUGAAGUGUCUACUGAGAAACGGGUGGCUAAAGGCAUACAAACCAUUAAAAGUGAACCAACUAAAGGUCCCGGUUAUGUGGUCGACACUAAACCAGAUCUUCAGGUCGGACUCAUUAUUCCCGGACUACUAAUCGGUUCACAAGAUGUGGCUCAAGACAAGACAACAUUAGAUAACUAUGAAGUGACACAUAUCUUGAAUCUGGCGUAUGGUGUGGACAAUGCUUUUGAAGACGAUUAUAAUUACAAGAAGUUAGAGAUAUUGGAUUUACCGGAGACAGACAUUACAGUAUAUUUUGACGAUUGUUUUGAAUACAUUGAUGAGGGCCGUCGUUAUGGUAAUUGUUUAGUUCAUUGCAACGCUGGUGUAUCCAGAAGUUGUGCCAUUUGUUGCGCUUAUCUUAUGGCUAAAGAAAAAAUGACAUUCACUGAUGCACUCAAUGCUAUCCGAGAGGCGCGUCCUUUCUCGCGACCAAAUGAUGGAUUUGUCAAACAAUUACAAGAAUAUAAUGAAACACUCAGAGGAAAUAGUGGUCUUAAAGAGGCCAACGUUGACGACUCAUUCACUGCUCGACAAAAGGCUCAAAUAGAAGAAGAAAAGAAGGCUCUUAUGACCGGUGGUUCCACUGUUAAGAAUAAGUUGAAGCAAUUUGGAGCUCAAUUGAACGCCCACUUCGAUCAAAGGGCCAAAUGUCUUAAUUUAAUUAAAUUACCGCUGAAGAAGAAAGCCGUCACAAAUGAUUUUCAAACACCCAAUGAUAUCAAAGCCCCGCCUCCGCCACCGCUUCCAAAUAAUGCAAAAGUACCGCCUCCUCCACCUCCGCCUAAUAGCUUAAAAACACCCGAAAAGAAAUGGAAAUACCAGGAGAAUCAACCAAACAAACCUAUUGAACCACCAAAGAAACUGGUGAUCAAUAAAAAUAUCAAUAAAGUGGUAAACAAUAGUCCCAAUUCAAAUCCAGCCGUCGAUGAGACGCCGAUAUCAGUGAAAGCUUUCCGAAAAACAUUUGAAAAUAACAUUCAAAAUGAAAUGCCAAAAAUUCAAACAACUGCGGCCACACCUAAACCUAACGCUUUGACUAACAAUCCGUUUAAUAAAUUUCAAACACAAACACCAGAAGCGAACAAAAAGAAAAUUUUUGUAAAACAGCGCUCAAAGGAAGCUCCCGAUGAACAGUCAGUACGCCGAUCGACCAAAGAUUUAGUGGAGGCUAUUGAAAAAGCUAACGGUUCUAACAAUACCAGAGAACAGUUACCAUACAAUCAAAGGAGACGAGUGACCACACAAUUAGUUGAGAACAUGGAUAGCAAUUCAAAUACACAACCCGUUCAUAGAAACAAUUAUAUGAACAACAGGUCAGCUAAUAGUCCUCAACCGUUAGCAACACAACGAACUACUAUUAAACUGAAGUCAUCUGCCAGUCCAUCACCGGCGGCCUCAUCACCAAUGAGCUCAAACCGCAGUUCACCUCAACCACCGGUCAGUCACAGUCCUUCUCCAGUACCCUUUGGUCCUUCAGAUGAACCCUCGAAAAUGGUGUUCGGGAGGGUUAGACCCCCCCGUUUGUCGCUCACUGGUCGCACUCUAUCACAAGCGUCGCAAACUUUACAGGACGUGAGUAAUAAAGUUCCCAAUAAUGAUAACAGUUGUGGCCGUUCGGCAUCUAAUUCCCGCUCUGAAUCUCCUGUAUCUUCAGUUGUUGGCCACAAUAGAAAUACCAAAUCAAAGAGUGCUUCUCAAGAACAAUCAUCACUGUCAACCAAGACAUCAACAAAUGCCAAACCAGUAUCAGAUAAUAUGGCGGCUAAACGGACAUCAGUUUCACCAUUAAAGCAAACAAAUGAUAAAAUAAAUGUCAAUAAUAAUAAUAAUAAUAACAUAACUACUACUAAUAAACAUAAAAAUGACUGUUCUUCCAAUUCCUCAUCAGAUGAAAAUCAAUUAUCUGGAGAAGAAUUAAUUGAUAAGACAACUAAUAAUGACUUAUAUAAGUCUGCGCUUACAAUGCAAUUAAAGCCCAGCAAUAAAGCCUCUAAUAAUAACAGUAAUAAUAUUAAUAAUGAAUCGCUAACUAAUAAUAAUGAUAAUAAUCUAACGCUAACACAACAACCAUUUCAUGAUAGUAACGGUUAUAAUAGUAAAAGAGUUCCCUUAGGAAAGACUUUAGGACAACAAUCAUUUGAGAAGAGCAGAAGUGGUCUCAACAGAUCCUCCAGCGCUCAGAUCCUCAAACUAAUUAAGACUAAGUCAAAGGCAGACUUAGGUCUCGACCGUCUCGAGGAAGACGACGAGAUUGAAGCCAUGUUAAUGGAGUUGGAAAAAGAAGGAAUCGAUAACAUAGAUUGGGAUGAACUCAACGUCGAUAUCAAAGAAGUCAAAGACAUUAUUGAAAAAGAAAAAGUAGAAGAAUCCAGUGAUGAAGAUUCUAGUGAUGAAGAUAGUGAUGAAGAUAGUGAUGAUGAUGAGGUUCAUAUGAUUAUCAAUAAACAGACACCUCAUGAAUCAGAUCAGUCGGAUGAAGAGUUUGAGGUUGUAGAUGACGAAGACGAUUGAAAUAUAUGUUUGGAUCUAUGUUUAGAUUAAAUUUUAUUUGCCUAACA